AUGAGAGAGAAGCUCAACUCUCACCACAGCCGCUGGAAGGAAUCCAUCUUGGCGUGCAACAUCACAGACAUCCGCCACCGACCGGGCGUGGAGAACCCAGUAGCAGACGCACUGAGCAGGAAGUGGGCGAGCCGGUGCCAAACAGAAAACGACGGGUCGUCCUGGUCGGUGCUAGCAGACUGGGAGUCAGCGCGCGGCGUCACGAGAGACAUCUUCGCACUGGCAGAGGCACAGACGGUGAGCCACCCGCUACAAGCCCAAUUUGCUGACGACCUCUUCUUUGCGCCGGUGGUGGAUAUCCUACUGGGGCAGACGGUGGGCAAUUCUAUCACAGAACGGCGGAGACUGGUGCAUCGGGCAGAAGGAUUCAUGAUUGACGACGGCAAACUCUGGCGUGUCGCAGAGACAGCGGCAAGACAAGUCGCCAGGACGGAAUGCAUACCGACGGCACAGGGCUUCGAACUCGCCAUGGCGACUCACGCUCAAAACGGUCACUUCAACGUAGAGAGCACGAAGCUCAAGCUGGCAGACCGCUACUUCUGGCCUGGAAUGGAUACCGACUGCCGCUAA